AUGGAAGAGUCAAGACAGCCGACCCGCAGGGCCAGCCAGGAACCUUCUCAGCAGCCAACUCCCGCAGCUCGCCAACCAAUGCGUAUGCCCACCGCGCAGGCCGCAUCGGAGCGAACUGACAGCCGCAAGGGUCUCGAAAGAGCAACCCAUGGUCCUCAGCUGCCGUACGAAAUGACUCCCUCCCGGCCCCCGCCUCACCAUCAGUCCACUAUCGUGAAUUUAUCGCUUCACGGUCCAUUCCAUCCCUCCCUCCGUGAUGGGGAUGGUCUCGACCACGCUGCAAACCUCAGCCCGAACACGAUAGACUUGGUGAGCGAUGACGAAGACGACUACGAGGCCGCGUCCGACUCGGAUAGCCCUAGCUCCUCCGAGGCUGGUGACCAGGAUCAGGACUUCCGACACAUCGAAGUGCAAGAUGACGAACGUGCUGCCGCACCUCCCGCCGCCGAGGCUAAGCCCGGCCCUUCACUGGCAAGCCCUGCGCCGCAACCCGCACCCACCCUUUCCAACCCCAUGAAGAAGAGUCGAUCGAAGAACAUCUCCAUGAUGCCAUUCGACGAACGCAACCAAGACGAGCGCAUGUAUGUCCGUCCCGCUGACGCACCAUCCCGCAAUCACAGUCGAAAUACUUCUCCGACUCAGUGA